UAAAGUUGAAUAAAAAUAGAGAAAAUGUUAGUAGUUCUUCUUUUUGUUAAUUUGAUUAAAUUAAAUUAAAAUAAAAUAAAAACUAAUAGAUGUGGCUCAGGUGAUCGAGCAGGUCGUCUACCAAUAGGAAGGUUUGUGGAUCGGCUCAGUAUCCAACUGUCAUGAGAAUUCCAAUGUUUUCCGGAGGACGUGAAGGCAACAGUGGAAAAUCAGAAAAUGUCAAGCCAAGAAAUCUGAGCCUCCUCUGUUCUCCUCUGGCUCCAACAGAGAACAACUACAGUGCGGGUUUACAGCUCCAACUCUGCUGAAGCAUGUGAUUAAAACUUGGAUCAGACUAACUCAGUUUACUCGAUAAGAGGUGGGAAAAAAAUGAUGAUCUUACUUUGAAAUACUGAAACAUAAUGCAACUUUGUACUACCUUAACUCUGAGCUGGAGUGAGGGUGAGACCACCAACCUAGAGCAGAACAAAGACUUGAAGAGGAAAUGGGACCUCCUCUUGUGCCUCCUAAAUAUUUUUUAGGACUUUGUGGGUCUUGUGUCAUUUUUCAUUCUUUCUGCGGUCUGGGAUGAAGCCAGAGCAGUCCAAAGGAGGAACUAGUCCUCCCUCUAUUUUUUUUGUUAAACUGAAUCUGCAUUAAGUCAAAGAUUGAACCUCAUCUGUUUCCACUAAAAAGCACAUUUUAAACAAAUUAGAGCCCAGUGAGAAACUGGAAAUCGCACAAAGGACAAGAAAAAAUGUCAGAAAGAGUGUUUACUACAGAGUUUGCAAACAGCUGAAGGAUUUCUGCAGAUGCACACUCUAUAACUGUGAAUGAGUGUGUGCCUCACUAGUGCAUGCUUUUAUUUCCUGACCCCAGUUCAUAACUUCAAGGUCCAUGGCUUAUGUUCACUUCCUCUGACAUUUGUCCAUUGAUCCUGUUCUCCAGUUUUCUAAUGGGAUCUUGUUUCAGCAUGGACUGAACUCCACGAUGGAUACAACUUUGAUGAUGGAGGUUUCAAGAUUAGGUCCAAGCAAAGCUGCUACGGGUGACCCUCUGACCUAAAUACUGAGUACCGUUAUGGUCAGAAGUUCUUACAUCCACUCAUCAUGGUCAUUUCAAAUUUCAUGAUCUCAGUCUGACAGCAAUGCAUCAUCACGCUGGGCUAUAAGAAGUGUAAGAGUCCUGAGUGAAGCCACCAUCUGGUCCACAUUCUCCUGCAGCACAGGUCUAAUCCAGUCAGCAGUCAUGAAAUUCUCCCUCAUUGUCGCCGUUGUCGUGCUCGCCCUGGCACAAGGAAGCUUUGCACAGGAAGCCUUCAGUCUUGACAACCUCAGUCAGUACUUUGAGGACCUGAAGAACAAAAUGCCUCAAGACCUGGGUGAGAUCAUCCGCAACCCAGAUCUGGUGAACCAGGCUCGGACUUUCUUGGAGGAGAGGAAAGCCCAGCUGGAGCCCCUGGCCACUCAGAUCCAGGAACAACUGAGGGCCGCUUCCACCAACGUGGAGGAGCAGCUCAAACCUCUGGCCACCCAGUUGCAGCCCAUGUUCGAGAACCUCCAGAGGCAGGUGGAGGCUAUGGUCCAGACGAUGAGAGAUCAGGCCGCUGCCAUCGGCAACUAAAAGAAAACGAUCAACUUCUCUAGCAGACGUGCCACCACAUCACCAUCUUUUGUCGUGGACUGAAUUCAUACAGCUGCUUGUGUUGGAUGGCUGACUUGAGAUCAGGGAGCCUAAAAAUGUGUUUCAGUGCUUGUUAAUGUUUGACUGUUCCUCCUGUCACAAAAGCACAAAUAAAGAAAAA